CUUCGCAUACAUAUGUACAUAGCUGAUUGGCGAGUGAAGAGUGAUCGUACGAUCAGUUCGGAUAUCGAAAGAGUGUGAUACGCGUAGCGAUAUUGUGUGCAAUUAAGAUUGUGUGAGCUCUCAUGCCACCAAGGGAUCGGCAAAGAAAUUAAACAACAUACAACAAGUACAACAACUUUAUCAUCACAAAAAAAAAAUCGAAACAUCACUUAUCAUCAUUAUUAAUCGACAUAAAGCUAAAGUCAAAAAUAUCGCAACAUUGUAGACUACCACGAAAUAUCGCUUUAUUUGCAAAUGUUUAACAUUUGCCUAAAAUUUAAGUUGAAAAACUUUGCCCCGUCAUGAGCAUUGAUGCCACAGCGUCUCAUGAUGCCGCCGAAACUUCCACACACACCGAAGAUCCAGUCUCGUCGAGCUGUGAGAUCACAGAGGCCGAUACGACCAGCUUUGAAAUCGAUGAGAGUGAGGAUGAGGCUACCAUUACCGAUAUGCUGGUCGAUGAUGUGGCCACCGCCCCUUCGCCGCUGAUGAUCGUAGCCAUGCCCGGCAAUACUUUAGGCAAAAGCAAGAGGAGGAGUAUCAUUAGCAGAAGCAGCAGCAGUAGCAGCAGCAACAGCAGUGACAGCCUCAGCUAUAGCAGCACCUACAGUAUUGGAAAUCUACCUAGAGAUGAUAAUGCAAAUUUGGCAAACGAUCACAAUAAGAAUGAAUUUACUGCAAUUGCAACUGUUAAUACAGCUAGCCUUCUAACUAACACUACCAACACUGCAGAGCAGACGGCGGUUGAUGUGGAACAUCAUCAACAGCAGCAGCAGCAGCAGCAUCAGCAACAAAACCAACAGCAGUGCCAUCAAUGGCAGCUUACAAAUAGCACACCGCCUGCUUUUGCUAGGGAAGACACAGACAAUAGUGGUUCGAAAGGGUCUACUGCAUCGCACACCACAUCGUCGACGCCUACAACGGCUGAUGUGGCCAAUGUAAUGACGGAUUUUUCAUAUCCCUUUGCUAAUCUAUCCAAAAUGAAAGCUAUGAACACCACCUUGCCCGUGGCACAAGCGCAAUUAAAAUUGAUCGCCAUAUCGGCUGCUUCUGCACCAACGCAUCAGCAACAGCUUUUUAUAGAUCCAAACAAUGCAACUUCCAUAUCUGAGGAUAAUAUUUCGUUUUCCAUCGCCACUGCAACUACUACCACUAUAAAUGACUUAGACGCAGACAAUAUAAGCACAACUACUCCAGAUGUGCAGCAGCAGGUGCUGGCUAAACGUGCCAUCCUCAAUCAGGUUACUAAAUUAAGUCACAAAAGGCCAAUAAAAGUUGCCGAAAGUGAUGAUGCGACAUGUUCGGCAUAUGCAAUGGGUACGAGUGGUAAUGACAUGCCGCUACCGUCGGUGCUUACUGUGAAUACGGAAUGGCGUUUGUUAAAUUGGACACGCUGGCUUUGCUUGCAUUUCAAGAGUUCCGGCAUCGGCGAGCCGAGUGUAUAUCACGCCUUGGUUGUAAUAUUUUUAGAAUUCUUCGCGUGGGGUCUCUUAACAAUGCCAGUAAUAGCGACGCUAAAUCAAACAUUUCCCGAUCACACAUUUCUCAUGAACGGACUUGUAAUGGGCAUUAAAGGCAUACUGUCCUUCUUGAGCGCACCCCUAGUCGGUGCGCUCUCCGAUAUUUGGGGACGAAAAUUUUUCCUACUCAUCACAGUAUUUUUCACAUGUGCACCUAUACCGCUAAUGGCCAUCAAUUCAUGGUGGUUUUUUGCAAUGAUCUCCAUAAGUGGUGCACUAGCAGUUACAUUCUCAGUGGUAUUUGCUUACGUGGCUGAUGUCACUACAGUCGAGGAGAGGUCGCGUGCUUAUGGCUUAGUUUCGGCUACAUUUGCAGCCAGUCUGGUGAUUUCACCCGCACUCGGUGCUUUGCUAAUGGAAACGUAUGGUGAUACAUUAGUUGCUGCGCUUGCGACCGCCAUUGCGGUUCUUGACGUUUUCUUCAUAUUAGUUGCCGUGCCCGAAAGCUUGCCUGAAAAAAUACGUCCUUCUUCAUGGGGUGCGCCCAUUAGUUGGGAACAGGCUGAUCCCUUCUCUGCGCUGCGCAAGGUGGGCUCCGAUCAGACCAUACUAAUGCAAUGUGUCGCUGUGCUUUUGUCAUAUCUGCCCGAGGCGGGACAAUAUUCAUGUAUAUUUGUAUAUCUAAAAUUGAAAAUGGGCUUCAAUUCAAUGGAAGUGGCAGUUUUCAUAGCAGUUGUUGGUACGCUUAGCAUAUCCGUUCAAGUGACAUUGGGCUAUUUGAUGCGGUGAGUAAUGGAAUGCAUACAAAUUAAGUUUGAGUUUGAUUUUUCGAUAUUAGUACACUAUAUUUUUUAAUUAAAUGUAUUUUCA